CAUCGCUUUUCUUAUUUUACGGAGCGCCUGAGUCUCAAACAUUUCAUGAAAUUGAAGAAGGGACGAACAAGGGAGGAGAAACUGAAAAUAGAGGGAUGGACAUCACUUUCCAGAGAGCGGUUAAAAAAAGUCUUUCAGUAUAACAAGGUCGGGAAUGCUCGGAAACUCUCCUCCUCCACAUUGGUGUUGCCUUUUCCUUCUGCUCUGUCCUCAACUCACUGCGGUCCUCACAACAUCAACCAGGAUAAACUAAAAAGAUGCCAUCACGCUUGCUUUUCCCCGUGGCUGUCUUGACCCUGCUGUCACUGUGCUGCGGUGUGGCCCAGAGCGCUCCGAUGUUCUACAACGUAUCCAUGGAUGGUAGCGGUGAUGACGGGUUGGAGUUCCUCUUCCCAAAUGCCUUCUCCACCCGUGCGCCGGUUCGAAUCAGCGCCACCACUCAUCAUCCCGAAGCUUCUGACAGACCCACGCUAACCAACACCAUCACCACGACCAUUAUCCGUCUAAAGGACUUUGUACUGACCAGAGUGGUGGACUUUCUGGAGGAUAAUCUUCUGAUCAUCGUGAUUGUGGCCUCUGUUCUCAUUUUGAUGGUCUUCAUUAUCUGCUGCGCUUCUGCCAUGAGUCAGAAGCGCAAGCUGGAGGCCUACAAGGUUCCUCCUCAAGCUCCCAGGAAGCACGCAAUGGAUAAAUCUGCCGUGCACAGUGUACAAAGACUUCCUCACGAGUUCCAGGAGAGGCCGUACGCCGUGGACCACGUCAAGAGAGUUCAGAUGCAGGGCAACGUCUCGCCCAAGAAUCUACGUAUGCCUUCCAAGGCUCUGAUAGGAGAGAGGGGCAGGGAUGUCAGGUCUUCACCACGUCAGGAGGUGAGGAAGGUCAGGGACGUGGAGGAAGUGGAGAUGCGCAGAGAAGAGCCCAGAUACAAAGAGCCGAUGAAGCGCAGGGAGGAGGUACAGCACACCUCCAGUCAUCCUGCGUGCACCUGCCAUCUGAAGAAGGGCCACUACUAGAUUAGCCUGUUGCCUGGAUUGCACCAACAUGGCGGAAAUUGUGGAAAGAUGUUCUAAUAGUGGACUGUGUAACCUUAGCCACACUAAGCCGUAACCGCUAACCGUCAUAUGCUCUUG